AUGACGUAAUUUGUUGAAUACGAUUUUAACAUCAAGUUCUAAUAGUAUAUGUUAAGUAAAGCAAUCAUUAAUGAUUGUUGUUAACUUAUACGAUUUAAUACUCUUUUAGGAGUAGUUCAAAAAUAAAAUUCACAACUAAAGACUUAAGGAAAUGAAUUUCUUUAAUUUACUCAGAAAACCUAAAUUUAAAACAAAAAGAAAAUUCAAAAGGGGUCAAAAAAAUUAUUAUUAGUUUAGGGGUUGAUUAAAGAAAAUAUCUACGCUUAUUAAAAGAGUAUAAUUUUAAAGCAAUUACUUUAGAUAAAAUUAGUGGACUUGACUAAGAAUUAGAUUAUUAUGAUUAAGGUAUUAAGAAACAUCCUGAAAAAUCUGGUUACUAUAAUGGCAAAGGUACAAAUAUAUAUCAAAAAUUAAUAGCUACUACUUUAUAAAAAAUGAAUAGAUUAGAAGAAGCAUUGAAUUAUUAUGAUUUAGCUAUAUAAAAAAAUUGUUAAAAUUCAUUACAUUAUUUUAACAAAGGUAUUUAUAACCAUUAUAAUUUAAAAGCAAUCACUUUAUGUAAAUUAAAUCGACUUGAAGAUGCAUUGGUUUAUUAUAAUAAAGCUAUUAUGAAAAAUCCUGAAGUUUCAGACUAUUAUUUUUACAAAGGUAGAGCAAANUUAAAGAAUACUUCCUACCCUGAUUAGAUCUAUUGA